GAGUCGGUAACCAGGAUUGGCACAUCUCCUCUUCUUUUUUACCCGAUUAGCUCCGGCGAAGUCGUUGGGAUAUGUGGGUGAUGUAUGGCGACUGUUUAUAAACAAUUUCUUAUACAGGUGGCGCGCCGGUCGUUGUUUACAGGCAUUAAGGGGAAUACCCCCUUUUUUUAUCGCGCGGGGCCAGGGAUCAUGAGCCUGGGAUCGGGAAGCUCCUUGCUGGAACCUCGGGUACAUGCUGGAACACUGCACCGGCGACACGGCCAGCUAGCUAGCGCAGCGCAGCGCUUGCACCGCGUACCGUGUACCGGUAUAUGCAUUUCUACGGAAUUGUCGGACGCCACAUUUUUUUGCUACGAAUUCUUCGUGUAUGAAUUUACCAAGCUUCGUCUUCAUUUUUCUUGUCUGAAGGAUUGGAAAUUACUGUAGAGUGAACUCUUGGAUGGAAGCUGUCAAGUCUCAUGCCACUACAUGUAUAUGAGGAUUGCUGGACCAUCAUGUGCAACCACUGAUUGUUCUGAACUGGAAGAAGAAGAGGAUGUGUAGAUACAUGUAGCACUUUUAUUAAAGCGUUUGAAAAUGGGUUGACAAUGGAACCUGGAAAUGAGAGAUCCCAGGACAAGGACUUGACUCAACAUAUUCCAUUCGAUCCCUAUGAGGAGAAGUUGGAGAAAGUUUUUCAAGUAGUCAAACAAAGGGAGACCAGACCAAAACUCAUUGUUAUUUCUGGACUGCCAGGCAUUGGUAAAGCACCGUUUGCUGUGGAGCUAGCAAAGAGACUUCAAAGAAAUGAUUCAACAAACACUAUCAUGAUCCCUGUUUCUAAAGGGGCUUCUCACCAAGAUGUUGUUAGAGAUAUCACAGGCAAGGUUUUAGGGAUUGAGAAUUUGGAUUUCACUGUGUCACACUGUUUGCGAGAACUACAGAAACUUAAGGAUAAAACAGAAGAGACGAUUAUUCUCAUUUUCGGUGUUACCAACGCUGCAGAAGAUGAGUUACCGAAGAUUCUCAGUGUGGCAGAAGAUCUGGUGGUCUUUCCCAAUGUGACCAUUUUGAUGACCAGUGGAAAGGAUUUCCAAUUUCCCAGACUCCGUGAUACAUUCUUCCCAUAUGUUUUACAGCCACCAAGUGAAGCAGAAGCAAGGCGGUACCUUGAACCAUUUGCUCCACACUUGCCCAUUGAGAAUUAUCCAGAACCCUUUGUACCUGUGCUGCCUUUCAGGGUUGUUGACAUCCUGAAGAAAUGUGGACAGCAUCCCAAACUGUUAGCCAGAUUUGCUGACUUGUUGAAUAGCAAUGUUCAAAUUUCUGCCAUCUGGGAUUUAGUGGAAGAGAACCCUCUGUCCAUAUUACCAACGGCUGAAGCUUUAACCUUAACUGGGAAAUUUGGAAAUGCUGUAAUCAGAAAAGUGAAGUCUCUUGCUGACAAAGAGGCUUUGAAUGCACUUGCUGAGGUGGAUGGUCCUUUUGAUCAGGAAGCAUUUUGCGCAAUAACAGGAAAGGACGCAUCGCAGAGAGGUCUUGCAGUUCGCAGCAUCCGGCCCUUGCUCUCAGACCACCUCCUUUCAACUGCCGAUGCCAGAAGUGGCAGGUCAUUCUCCAUGAACGAACUGAUGAAAUACACCUUGAAUGAGACAUGCCGGGAAAGGCUGGCCCAGAGUCAAAAUCGUUUCUGCGUAUUAUAUGCCCAACUUUUCCAAAGAAUGACACCACUCAUGCACAGCUAUCAACCUGAAAACCUGCCAUUGUUCCAGGCAGAUUUUGCCAAUCUGCAGAAACUGCUUGAAAUGGCCACCUUUGCGACCUCAGAAGACUUCAUGUACGAGCUGAUUAUGGACAUUGCCCACAACUCCCAAGAGAUAAUCUAUGAUUUUUUUCAGAAGACAGUAGUGGUGUCUUUCUACGAGAGCUGUGUCCGAGCAGCACGGCAGAGAAGCGACGAACGUCGGCUCGCUUACUUGCUCAUUGCUUUGUCACAUGCUAUCAUGAUGCUUCACAAUAAGUUCGACCAAGUUGAAGGAUACCUUGCCGAGUCUAAGGAAAUCUUAGAAAGGAUUGGUGAGAUGAACUCCCUAGACACAGUAAGACUUCAUAUGGAAAGGGGCUGGUAUUACUAUAAGUGUGGCAAGCAUCAAGAGGCUUUGAGAUCUUACAAGGAAGCAAAAAGGAUUCUCCUUCAUAUCAUUGCUGGCGAUGACGGACAGGAGGAAAAUCUCAAUCCUAAGUAUCUCCUAGAAAAGGCCACAAGUUUAGAUAAAGGAAGCCUUCAUCUGUGGGUUUUAUCGUCAGUCAAUACCAACAUUGCUACCAUAUAUACAUGCCUUGGCAAUUUUGAGUCUUCUGCCAGCAGCUUCAAGCAAAACCUUCAUCUCCAGAAUACACUGUGGACCGAACGACAUCCGCACUCAGCAUUGACCCAUCACAAGCUAGGUCUGAUGUACCUACUCAGUAAGGACUUUGCCAAUGCAUACAAGUAUGGUUCUAAGGGACUCAGCCUGAGGAUGUUCUUGUCAAAAGGGGCCUCCCACACAACCAUACAGUCUCUUAGCAUGGUUGCUAUGGCGAUACUAGAUCACAGCGGAGACUGGAAGUGUAGCCUGACAUUGCUCCAAGAAGCCAUAGAGAUGAGAAAAGAGCUCGGACCAACCCACCCAGACAUGGGCCUUCUCCAUCACAGCGUAGGUAAUGUCUAUCGCUUCUGCAAGAAUCCCAAGGAUGCCCGAAGGCACUACCAGCAGGCUGCGGACAUCCGCCAGGCAUCAUACGGCAUCGGACCGAACUUCUGCACCAUUGAAUCGCUGGAUGCCUUGGCUGAUGUGUCCUUGGAGCUUGGUGAAGUGAACGAGGCACUGGAAGUGCACAAGAAGUGCUUGAGGAUGUGUCAGCAGCAUCUGCCGAAGGAUACUGAAAGACACCUGGUCGAAGAUGGCCGAGGAAUCGAUUUGGUGAGGACAACCUGUCGAAAGAUCAGCCUCAUCCAUGAAGGAAUGGAUGAAACGGAUCAAGCUAAAGUAUGGAAGGAUGCUUCUGAAGCUGAAGGAACUCUCUUCUUGAUUCCUGAAGAGUAUCUACCACCUUGAAUAUUAAUGUAUUUCAAUUUCAAUUUGGAGAGAAGUCAAGUUCAAAUGCCCCCGUGUGCAUGAUAUUUAAUGCAUAAUCUCAUUGAUGAAUUUGUGGGAGAUUGUGUUCUGUGAGCACAAUCUGACCAAAAAUUCAUAAAUAAGCACUACACGAAACUCUUUGUGAAACCAUGCCUAGUGUUUCAGUAAAAGAAGAUUUGCCAGUCUUGCCCUUCUAAACAGCGCUAUUGCUGUUUCACCGAUAUUUAUUUGUCUACACAUCCACUUGGCUUAUACUAUCAUUGUGUCUACAGGGUUUAAUCAACAUUUUUUUGCCAGUCUGAUAUUAAACUCAGUUGAUAGAGCAGAGACUUCACAAUCUGGUUACCAGUCUCUACUGGGUGUGCGUUUGCCCUUUGGUAAGGCAUUUAUCCUCAUUACCAGGUCCCUUGGACAGGACCUAAAGCAUUAGAUCUUCUGGUUGCUUGCUUACAGACAUUAAUGCUUUCUUAUGCCUUGUUUGGCCUUUCAUAACUGAUCACAAUAUUUUUUUACCAUUCAAAAAUGUUCUAUGAUCAAUACGACUGCCACGACCGAUCUGAUAUGAUAUGAUCUGAUACAAGAUCGUAGUUUUAUAUGUGGCUCAAAUCGUGACAAUGGGAACUAGUUUUUAGAAAAAUAUUUGGUUAAAAAAUUCACCACCACCAGCACCAGCUGUCAGAUAUGAAAUAUUUCCUUGGUUUUGAUUGGCAGAGAAGCAUGUGUGCUUGGCUAUUACUAUUGUAACAUCUGACAAGUUUUUUCAUGAAACGCUCCCCUGGUAAGCCACUAAUGUCCUUUUGCAAGACAUGUAUCUAGAUAUGAGUAACCCAACCCAGGAUCUUUCUUCUUCUUCAUCAUCCUACACUGACUGCCUCCUUCAAUCCUUGCAGUAUUGUAGUACCGGGGGCCGGCAGGUGCAAUACACCGGGUGAACACCCUACUCUUUGACGAAUAGUGUAUUGGUUUUAACGUGCAUAGGUUGUGACUCUCCUAUACACGGGACCAACAUUUGCGUCCUUUCCGAUGGACGGAGUGUUUUCCAACUGCAUUCACACCUGCACUGAAUACAGUGGUGAGGUAAAGAAGACAAAUAAAAAAAAAAAAUUAAGUUCCAUACCCCAUAUACCUUUCAUUCAACGUUCCAAAUUAUAGUUGUCAAUUUCCUUAAUCAUUUCUUUCUAAAGGUGAUGGAAAGGGACAAAUAAAUUAGCUUGACUUUCUUGUAAGACUUUUAAAACUUGAUUAUUUAGCUACUUGGAUAUGACGUUAGAUAUGCAAUUAUUCAUUUUUUUUGUUUCAGUACACACACAUAUACAUCACACACUUAAAGGGGAAGUUCAC